AUGGAGCACGUAAGCAACAGUGUUUCCCUUGUGGAGCUGAAGAAGCGUUCUCUCAUUCCACAAAAAUGGGAGGGUCAAGUCCGUGCUAUCGGGAUAUCGGAGUAUAAGGAAGCAGCGCUGUCUCUAGCGCAGGCCUUUGCUACUGAUGAACUGGCACAGUACGUCCUUGAUACGGACGACAUGGUCGCUUACGACGACGAGACCAAGUGGCGGCUCCACGUUGACAUAUUCAACUACAUCGUGGCGGCCCACUGCUACAGAGGCGUCGUAACGACCAUCGGGCCGGACUACGAGGGCGUGGCGCUCUGGAUGCCGCCGGGCAAGGAGAUGGACGACUGGCUGACCAUCUGCCGCAGUGGUAUGUGGAGACUCUACUAUCAACUGUCCGCCGAGGGCCGCAAGCGCUACUACAAGGAACUCAUGCCGAUACUCCACGACACCAAGGCCGAGAUCAUGGGUGACAGGGACAACGACUGCUACUACCUGGUAUACCUGGGCACCAAGCCCAGCGGUCAGCGUAGGGGCUAUGCGAGGAAGCUCAUCGAGCAGAUGGCUGCCAAGGCUGACGCCGAAGGCCGAGCCAUGUACCUCGAGUCGAGCUCGGAGAAGAACACGGCAUACUACAAAAAGUUCGGGUUCGAGUUCAAGAAGGACAUCUAUCUUGGCAUCGAUUGCAAGUCCCCAGUCCGUCUGAGCAUCAUGGUCCGCGAGCCGCAGAAGCUGUCGAAGUCGAUCCCCAUCAAGCUUAACCACGGGUUCAAGAAGAUGUAA